AACCAGUAGUAUAUCCAUGGCGGAUAAGGAACUGCACAUUGUUGUGUUUCCAUGGCUAGCCUUUGGACACAAUGUUCCAUUUUUGGAGCUUGCAAAGCUCAUAGCUCAAAAGGGUCACAAAAUUUCUUUCAUUUCCACACCUAAAAACAUCCAUCGCCUCCCAAAACUUCCUGAAAAUCUGAAACCUUUGUUGCAUCUGAUAGAAUUCCCACUCCCCCACGUUGAAGAACUCCCUGAAAAUGCAGAGAACACGCUGGACACUCCUCCGCACUUGGUUCCAUACCUCUUCAAGGCUUACGAUGGUCUUGAAGAACCUUUGACUGAAUUUCUGGAGAAGAGCACCCCAGAUUGGGUCAUAUGCGACUUUGCACCACACUGGCUGCCCCCACUGUCUUCCAAGCUGGGUAUCCCAUGCAUAUUUUUUUCUAGUUUUGCUGCAUGUGCUUCGUCUUUUGGUUUGGAGUUGUUUAAGGGAAAGAAGAGUAUGGAAUCUGGGGAAGCCAAUCUUUUGCGUAAUGCGCAUAAGAGGACGCAAGUGGGUCAGAGUUCUCCGCCUAAGGAAGUGAAUCGGUUCUUAGAAACCCUGAAAGGUGUUCAAGUUUUCGCUACAAGAAGCUGCAUGGAGAUUGAAGGCGAGUUUGUGAAAUCGCUUGAAAGUUUAUCUGGGAAGUUGGUAAUUCCAACUGGGUUGCUUCCAGCUUCGCCAGAAGACAGCAAUGACCACAACUGGCACACCAUUCUUAAUUGGUUAGAUAAAUGGGAAAAGGGGUCAGUGAUCUAUGUAGCAUUUGGAACUGAGGUCAAGCUGAGUGAUGAAGACUUCACUGAAAUUGAUGUGGGAUUGGAAUUGUCUGGUUUUCCUUUUUUUUGGGCUGUGAAGAAUCGAAACAUCUCAGGUGGUAGUGUUGAGUCACAUGAUUGGAUUGAGAAUGAGUCAAAAAGGGGAAUGAUUUGGGGAACAUGGGCACCUCAGUCAAGGAUUUUAGCACACAAAUCUGUUGGAGCAUUCCUCACUCACUGUGGUUGGAACUCAGUGAUAGAGGGUCUCCAAGUUGGGUGUCCACUUGUAAUGUUGCCCUUCCAAUAUGAUCAAUGGUCAAUUGCUAAGUUUAUGGAGGAGAAGAAGGUAGGUGUUAAAGUACACAGAAAUGAGCAUGAUUCCAAGUUCACUAGGGAUUCAGUGGCCAAGGCACUGACAUCAGUGAUGACGGAAGAGGAAGGGAAAUAUCUUAGAAAAGAAGCACAAGAGAUGAGUAAAAUAGUUGGGGACAAACAACUGCAACUAAAAUAUGUGAAUGAGUUUGUUGAUUACAUGAAAAACAAUAGGUCUGGCUGUAAUUAGUAUAAUGGCAAGUUAGACUUUGAUUUCUCUUAGAGUUUGCCAAUCUAGGAGCAACUCAGUCCAACCUAGAAGUGUACCAAGGAGCCUACCUAUCUUUACAAUGCUUUUUCUAUCUUAGUUAUGUCUGCGUUUUUUCUUAAAUUAGUCAGAUUUCCCUUCAAGAAUAUGCUGCCAAGAAAUAAUGUCUGCAAAAUGAGGAAUGUUGGUUUGUCAGAAAGACGCUAAGAAGAAGCAAUAAAAAUUAGUUUGAGUUUUGUGUUUGGAAUGAGUA